GGGCGGUGGCGGCGGUUCCGGUUCCGGCGGCCGUGCGGGGGAGGCAGCGGCGGCGGCGGCAGCAGCGAGGCAAGCGGCGCGUACCCCGCAUCGGCACCGCGGCCCGGGCGCGCUCCGCCGCCCCACCGCACCCGCUUCAACCCGCUGGACCCGGCCCGGCCCGCGCCGCCCCCGCAGUCAGCAGGAGGGAGAAAAUGAAAGCAGGCUGCAGCAUUGUGGAUAAGCCAGAAGGAGGAGGAGGUUAUCAUUUCCCAGAGUGGGCUUACAAGACUGAGUCCAGCCCCGGCUCCCGGCAAAUCCAGUUAUGGCAUUUCAUCCUGGAGCUGCUGCAGAAGGAGGAGUUUCGCCAUGUCAUCGCCUGGCAGCAAGGCGAGUACGGAGAGUUUGUCAUCAAGGACCCUGACGAAGUGGCCAGGCUGUGGGGCAGAAGAAAAUGCAAACCCCAGAUGAACUACGACAAGCUGAGCCGGGCUCUCAGAUACUAUUACAACAAGAGGAUUCUCCACAAGACAAAAGGCAAAAGGUUUACCUACAAGUUCAACUUCAACAAGCUGGUGAUGCCUAACUACCCGUUCAUUAACAUUCGGCCUAAUGGUGUUGUGCCACAGAGCGCUCCUCCUGUCCCCACAGCUUCAUCCCGCUUCCAUUUCCCACCACUGGACAGCCACUCUCCCACCGAAGAUGCCCAGCCUGGUCGGUUCUCCGGUGGGUCCCUGGUCCCAUCCAACCCAGAAGUGUUGGGUGACAGCGGCGAGAGGAAGCCGGACAUGCCGGAGCUGGAGGAUGGCUCCUCGGAUUGGCGCCGUGGUGUGGAUCUUAUGGCCUCACGCAACGCCGUGGGCACUGGUAGCAUCAACCACCAGAAGCGCAAGCCCGAUAUUAUGCUCCCUCUCUUCACCAGGCCCGGGAUCUACCCGGAUCCUCACAGCCCCUUUGCCGUGUCCCCUCUGCCAGGGCGUGGAGGGGUCCUAAACGUCCCAAUCUCUCCUGCAUUGUCCCUGACUCCCACCCUUUUCUCCUACAGCCCCUCUCCGGGCCUCAGCCCCUUCACAGGUAGCAGCUGCUUCUCUUUUAACCCCGAGGAAAUGAAACACUACCUGCAUUCGCAAGCUUGCUCCGUCUUCAACUACCACCUGAGUCCACGGACUUUCCCCCGCUAUCCGCUCAUGGUGCCGCCACUACAGUGCCAAAUGCCCCUUGAGGAGCAGCCCCAGUUCCCCAUCAAGCUACAGCCUCCACCUGUGGGGCGCAAAAACAGAGAGAGACUGGAAAGUGCUGAGGAGCCGGUGGCCCCCCAGCUAGCUGCUCCUCCUCCCAGGGUCAAGGUUGAGCCCAUGAUGGACAAGGAGGCAGAGUCCGAAGAGCCACUGGCGAAAGGAAAAGACAAAAGUGAGAGAGAGGAAGGCUCUGGCAUGGCAGCCAGCCUGGAAGAGGAGAAAGGGCCUGUGUUUGUCAGACCAGCUGCCCCGUCGUGGCACCCAGCCCCACUGGCACCCACCCAAGCCAGCUUCUCAGCUGAAGAAUCCCAGGAGCAAGGGGAGAGCAGCGGGGAGAAGUCAUCCCGAGAGUCUGCCGGAGAAUCGGGGGCUCAGGAGAAGAGAGAGGAUGCCCUGAUGCCUCCGAAGCUGCGUCUCAAGCGCCGCUGGAACGGUGACCGGCAGGCAGAUGUCCCCGAGGAGCACCAGAAUGGCCGAGUCCACUGGAACGGGGCACUGGGCAGCCCACACCUCACAGCAGGUCCCAAGGCCGUGACGGCCACAGCUGCCUCCGACACCUAAGCCCGGGGGAGCUUUGCAGUCCGUCUGUGCUGAAAACAUCUGUGUAUUUAUGUAGCAAGGUUGCAGAGCGUGGGGGGCGGGCGGGGGGCUGGGGCUAGCCUGGUUUGGUAAUUCUAGAAACUAGGGGGUUUGUGUUCUUUGUUUUCAUUGUUGAAUUGCAGGUGAGACGCGGUUGUCUUGCUCCGAUUAGGAGAGGCGAGGGAAGCCGGCCGCCCUUGUGCGUGAGCUUCAGGCCUUGCACGAACUCCAGCGGGGUUGAGGCCUCCACCGGGACGGAGGAACUCCAGACACGGUCUAUUUUAUAUACACUCUAGCAUUUAUAGAAGCAGGAAUCUCCGAAUUCAUCUAGUUCCCUUUUUUUUAUAUAUAUAUGGAGCCUGGUGCGAUGGUGGGAGAGGAUUUCCUGCCUGUUCGAGACGUGCCGUGUGUCAGCCUCGGAAGCCGCCUGUAUUUUGCGGGGAGGGUGUGCUGGGGGACAGGCUGAGGGAAUAUUGCACUGUCUGUGGAGUGGAGAAGGUUGCAGAAAGACAACUUGGAAAGUCACUGGCGCGCCAGCAAGGUGGGACGCUGCUGGAGAGAGGGAGCCGCGUUCCCAGCGAGCGGAUCUCGGUAGCGCUUCAGGAUAUGUUAGUCGUCCUUUUCGCCUUUCUGAAAUACUGCAGAAGCCAUGAGCAAAAGAUUUAAAAAAAAAAAAAAAAAAAAAAAUCUUUCAGGGAAGGGAGUGGGGUGGGAAAAAAAAAAUAACCUAAUGCCUUUAAUAUACGCAUUAAAAUGUAACCUAGGUUUUGUUUUUUUUUUUUUUCCUAAUUGUAUGGGUGGAGUUGGGAGUGAUUGGAAGAUUAACACUGAAAUGAUUGUGGUGAGUUCAUAGAGAAGGAAUGACAGGAGCUUUGUUAAAACUUACUUCCUUUGUUUGGUUCCCCUAUCACUUUGACUCAUGCCUUAACUACGUGUACACUUUAUGCGAGCAGGGUCUAUUGACAGGAGCAGCCUGCGCCAGAGCCGGAUGCACUUGGCCGAGGUUGGGUUUCGCGGAGAUUUUGAAUUUUGCCUGAUGACGGAGAAGUGAUGGAGAGUGUGGUGGUUGCGGGAGCGAAGGAUAGUGGAGGGGCAGCUGUGCCUGCCAGGCUCUGUCUCCGCAGGCUGGGUCAAGGCGGGGUUCGCCAUGUAAAUCUCGCUGUAUUUUUGCUAUAAAUCUGCUAUUUCCCUACGCAGCUGCGUUUCUUGUUAGGCUGAUGAACUUAGGCUCCGGGUUACACUGAGGAACACGCUUGUCUCCCGCUGUGUCGGGACGAAUCCCUAACGAUUCCUUGAAAGGAGCUUGGAAACAACCCAUCUCCACGGGGAUAAGAGCUGUAUCCAGAGAGCGGCUGAUUAUUCACACGGUCGUAGGCGAGAGGCGUGCGCGGGCAGAUUUUUCCAGUCGAGGACUCGGUAACUGUUGGAGGAGGACAGGGAGCAUGUGUGAGCACAAGAUUAUUUGCAGACAUUGUUAGAUGGGGCUGGUUGGGCCCUGCCGAAAGAAGAUUCCGUGCGUGGUACCCAAAGAGGUCCCGGGGAGGGGGGGGAUGCAGGAGCCGUAAUCCGCUUACCUGGGUGAGCUCGGCUCCGGACCCCCAGCACCUGAAUUUACCUCCACGGCCAGAGCCGAGUGUGGAGGAAAGGGGGAAGGAACCCCUCAAUCCGGUCCCGGAGAGGGGAUCGAGUGAACUCAGGAAUUAGAAACACGAGGCCUUUUCCAUCAGUAAUGCAUAUCGUCACCCUUCCUCACGCCCAAGUGCCGGAGCCCGUGGGUGCCUCUCCCGUUUGAGGAGGGGGCUGGUGGGGCAGGGAGCCACCCUUCUUGCCCUUAAUUUAAGGCAAAAAAACCAACAAAAAACAGAAAAGUUGAACUGUUGUUUGGCUUUAAAAGUUUGUAAUUGGUUUUGGGGGGCUGGGGAGGGGAGGGAGGGGGUGUUGUCUUCAUAGCCAUUGCACUGCAAACCGGGAGCUCCGCGUUCAGGGAUAAAGGACUCAGGUUCUCAGGACAACGGACCAGUGACCGGCUGCGGGUGAUGGGCUCCGCUUUGGAAAGGAGGGGGGGUUAAGGGGUGGGCCGGGGGCGGCCAGCCAGCCCCCCCUUCCCCGCUCCCUCCACACUAGCAGCGUCACCCACGUCCCUGCCGGCUCAGGGGGUCACCUCGGUGCAAGGUGGGGGCUCCUCCCGACCAGACUUCACAUUGCCUAGCAGCAGCCUCGGAGGAGGGCGCUUAUAAAUACAUUUUAAAUAAUAAAUGAAAAAAAUAUAUAUAUAUUCCGAUGUGCCAAAAUAUUUAAACUUGUAAAGUUUAAAUGGUUGAAAUCUCAACGUCCACCUGUAUUAAUUAAUCAAGAGCAUGUUAAUGUUUAAACCAUUUUUGCUUUGUUUAGUCAUAGAGAAUCUGUAGGAAAGAGACUUUAAUCGGACAACCAGCAGUAAGCCAAGAUAUUUGGGGGGAAAAAAAAAAAAAGAUCAAGAUGGGGCAGGGAGGAUUAGCCACACAUCUCCCUGCAGUGGUGAGCGAGCUUGGCAGAACUUAACGAGCUGUAGAGCCAAGACGACCCCCGGGCUGGGGCCACCGUGCCCGUCCCCUCCUCAAAAUGCCAGGGAGGAGGAGGAGGAAGAGCCCCUCUCCAGAAGCAUUAACUUUGGCGGCCGAUCACAUCGCCAUGAUCGCCUGUAGGAGGUUCCACCUGUUGCUUGGUUGUCCCUUGCUUUUAUUUAUUCCAUAAUUAUGUUUUUGUUUUUAAAGUAACUUUUUUUUCAUGGGGUUUUUUUUUUUUCCUCUUUUUGUCUUAUGGAUCCUGGUGGGUUUAAAAAAAAUGAAUUUCUUCUUUUGGUUUGAAAUAAUCGUAAUCAGAUUGUUUAAAAAAAGUUCGAUUUUUUAGAGUGCUUUUAAGGAGAAAGUAUUUACCAAUAGAAAGUUGGUUUUUUGGUUGUUUUUUU